GACAACAAAAUGGAAACAUUCUUGCAAUGGCUAAACGAGAUUUCACGUUUCAUUCAUCCUUACUGUCUCGGUAAACUGAUUCGGUCUAUUGCUAUGAGUGUUUAUAAAACGGAGAGUAUCCUUGCGUAUCAAAAGAGUUCCUAUGUAAACAUGGUGGAAUUUCUCAGUUAUUUGACAAAACAUAUUACCAACUACUGGAAAGUUCGCGAAGUGUUUCGAUAUUUGGAUGGAAUAGCAUUAUUAACUUGGCGUAACUCUCCAAGUCGAAAUAUCAAUUAUAUGCUUCUUGAUGCAGACUUCACAUAUGAAGCAAAUACUCAGAGGAUAGUAGACGUUAAUUUACUUGUAUGUCUUUUGGUACGACUGCACAGCAGUUGGCAGCCUCAGUUUACAAGCAAAUAUAUUAAAAGGCUUGAGUUGAUGGGAUUCUGGGAGGCAGAGGAGGUUCUAGUGUCCUUGGCUGACUAUUUACUGUACCAAGAUUUCGCUCAAAUUCUUAGCAAGUUUUCCGUAGAGAUCAUUUCCAACGUGUUGCGAAAAGUAUUUGUGCGUAAUCAGUUAGGACCUCGAGCAGUAUCUACGUAAGACUAUUCUUCUUAUCUCUGUUUUUUUUUCAUAUGUGAGAAUAGAUACAUCAGCAGCGUUACUUCUGAAUGGGACGAAUCACGAAAGCGAUUCUUACAAAAAUCCAUGACAUGGAGCGAUAUAUUUGUAUGAAAUGAUGUUUAUGUUGACUACUUGAGAAAUUUUGUUUACGGAUGCUAGCUACGUUUAGUUGUCACUAUUUAAUAAAUCAUUGUUUGCGGAA